UGCUCUUUGCUAGUUGAAAUUUUUCUUUUACGCGUGCGCGACGUCAUCACUUUGAAUUGGAAUUGUACUUAGAGUUUUUGUUUAUGGUUAAAAAUAAAUCGGCAGUUUUCAUUCAAUACUUCUUUCAUUCUUUCAUACUGACCUUCACAUAGAUACGUCUAAGAGGAUUAUAUAUAAAAAGUUUAUUCUCAUUUAAUGAAUUGUCUAAGUCAUCGUAAACUACAAUGGCAACGUUGGCGUUAGGCGCCUCUGCAGAUACUCUGUGUCGAAUCAAGUGCGGUGAAAUUUUUACUUACGAUACACAAUACGAGGAAUUUCACGUUGAAUGUGUAUUCUGUGAAGAUAGACCGGUUUGUAAAUUAUAUGAGUUUAUUACGCAUAUGCAAACCUGGCACACCAAUUGGGAAGAAACCGACGAAUCCUUAGCUGCAGAAAUGAUAGAAAACGUAGAUGAAUUAGAGCAACAAGAUUUGUGUAUUGCAGAAUAUUUGGAUUACACAGAAGAGGAUAUUUUGAGAGAACAAAUUUAUUUAAGCUCUAAUAAUAGUGUAACAACAUCAGAAGAAUCACUGCCGCUACCUUUCGAACAAGUGCUUAUCGAAAAUGAGUCGGAAGCUUCGAUGUCAGAAGUAGACAUUGAUUUUGAUACUGCUAGCAUUUCCACAAACUCCAUAAAUGAUCAUACUGAUUUGGAUUUAAAUAGACAAACUACUGAUAAUAUCUUAGAUAAACAAAGUACAGAAACAAAACUUCAAAGAAAGCAUUUACAAAAACUUAUUGAAUUAUAUAAAAUGCAAUCACGUUUAUGGGAUCAAACCCAUCCCGAAUUUAGUGAAACACGGCUUUGUCGAAAAUCCUGGCAUCAUAUCACUAAUCAGUUUAAUAAGUUUUGUAAAAGAAAUUUUAAUUUAUAUGAGGUCAGGAUACGUAUGGCCACACUUUGUUCCAGAUUUUUGAAAGAACGUGAAAAAAUGGACCAAGACAAGAAGAGAACAUCAAAAUUCGCUUAUUUUGAGGAAUUAAAAUUUUUAGAUAAACAUCAAAUUCUUAAAAAUCGUCGCCUCAUAUUUGAUCAGCAGAACGAAAAAUUAUUGGAAAUAUAUGAGCAUUAUCCAAUACUUUGGCAUAGAACAAAAAGACAUAUAAAGCAGCCAGAAAAACGUGAUGAAGCGCUACAAAGUAUAAGCUCCGCUCUUAAACUUACUGGAGUUCAUUUAUCACCAUUCGCAAUACAAACACGUCUUCAGACAAUCCGUAAAUGCUACCGCAUCGAAAAAAUACGUUUCUUAAAUUGCAAGGUUCAACAAAGAAAAUUCCUAAAACAAUUUAAACAUUUCGAACAAAUGCAGUUCUUGGAUAAGCAUAUAGAUCCGUAUGUCUGUGAGGUUUGUGGUAAAAUAUUUGCAAAUCUCUCAAAAUUUCAGGAACAUAUAAACAACGAGGUUCACAUGGACAGCAUAGAAAAUGAUGUGAAUGAAAGGAACAAUAACAAUGAAAUAUUAGAUACAUCGGUUUUAAGACAGGAUUUAAAUUCAAUUAUUAAAAAUGAUAUAAUGGAAGACAAAAAAGAUAUGAAUCAGAAACAAACUGUUUACAAUAAUUCAAUUAACCAGUCUACCGACCAAAUACUGGACAAUGAGUUAUUAAUUCACGAAAUGUAUGAAGGUAUAAGGGGUAGUAAGGAGUCAUGUCAUGGAUAUCAGCAUGAGACGGAAUAUACGCUAAAUGAUUCAGACAGCUUGAAGAACGGAUCUAUAGUACAAAUACAAAACACAAAUAUAGGUUUAGAGAAAUUGCUUGAGGAUAUUAUGAGAGAGCAGACAUUACUUGAAAAUACUAAAUUAAAUGUUACAGAAAAUAAUACUAUUAGUGAAUCCGUCUGCAACAACACUGAAAAUAUAUAUAACAAUCAAAUGGAAUCCUUAAAUAUAAAAAAAUCUACUGAUCAUAUAAUACAAAACGUAAUUCAGACUACAUCUGCUUUUAAUGACUCACAAUAUAAGGAAUCUGUUUCACCGAUAAUAUUUUUGGUAACUCAGAACAAUCUCAAUAAUGCUACAGAACAACUUAUAGAAGAUACACAGCUGCUUUCUAAUAUAGAAAAUAGAGCGAUCAAUGAAAUUGUAAACUUACAACAAGAACAUGGCUCUACAAGUACGGAAAACAGUAACAAAGAAUUAAAAGAACGGGAUUUACUAUUGAAAACUCCAUCAAAUAUAGAUGAAAACAGUUCGAAUUUCGAACUUCGCGAUGAAGAAUUAAGUUCAACUACGUCAGAAACUGAAUAUGAUGACAGUCUUAUUGCAAAAAUGGAAGCUGAUAAAAUUUGUUCUGAUGUGCAAUUAAAAAGAGAUCAGAUAAGAAGAAACAAAAAUUUAGAAAGUUUUGCACGUCUCACUGUUGAGCAAACACAUAAACUCAUUUCACUCUUUCGUCAACAUCCACAGCUCUGGGAUCCUAAUCAUAUAGAUAGUCAAUCCAGAAUGCAUAGACGCAUUGCUUGGCGUUCCCUAACAUCUAAGUUAAAUAAUAUUUACACACUGAAUUAUUCAUGGAAAACUUUGCAACGUAAAUUAACUGACUUCUAUAAAUAUUAUAGACGUGAAAGACUUCGUAUAGAAAAAGAGAAGACCGCAACCAAAUGGUGUUUCUAUGAUGACUUUGCUUUUGCUAAUGUUGUUUUGAGUUCUUCACCCAGCAUAGACAAAACCUUUUCCUUUAAAGAAUCCAACAUAAAACUUAUUGAAGUUUAUAAAGAAAUGCCUCAACUCUGGGAUACGCAUCAUCCAGAAUACAGCAGACGCACAUAUCGUGCACAUCACAUACAAGAUAUGUGCAAACGUUUGUUUGAAGAACAUAACAUAAGAAUAACAUCAGAGAGGUUAAAACAACGUUUAGUCGACUUCCGUGGAAGUUAUCGUACAGAGAAGCAACAGCGAAUCGAAGCACAUAAACGUAAAGAAGAGUUCGUUUCCAAUUAUGAACAUUACGAUGCAUUGAAUUUCUUGGACUUACACGUUUCACCUUUUGUUUGUAGUAUAUGUGGAAUGGACUUUAAGAGAUUACCAGAAAUCACACGACACGAACGUUUAAAACAUGCAAACGUUAUAAAAGAUCGUCGCAAAUUGCCGCUAUCAGCAAUCGAACAGGAUGCGACAUUAGAGAAUAUAUGUCACAUAUGUGGUAUGAAAUUUACAAAACGCUGUAGCCUCGUACAUCACCUAAAGAGACAUUUGGAUCAACGUCAAUUUGCCUGUACAAUGUGUUCAAAAACUUUUUACAAUCGCUCAUCUUUAACCCAACAUGAACGCAGUCACACGAAAGAAUAUCCUUGCAUAUGUGAUCAAUGCGGUCGUUCAUUUCUUAAUGGUAGCAAACUGAAUGAACACAUGAAGCGACAUCGUAACCAAAGGGAUUAUGUUUGUGAUCAUUGCAAUAAAGCUUUCUAUACUGCCUUUGAACGAGAGCGUCACAAACGACGGCACUUGAAUAUACGAGACAAGAUAUGUCCUGUUUGUGGGAAGUCCUUUGUGGUUGGAUCUUCAUAUUAUACUCAUCUAAUGCUACAUAAUGAUGUCAAAAAAUUCAAAUGUACUGCAUGUGAUCAGCGAUUUGCGCAAUAUGCUGGCCUAUACAAGCAUCGGAAGCGGUACCAUCCCAGUGAUUAAAAUAAGAAAACUCCUUCAAAAGUUAAAACUUCUUUU